AAGCGACGUUGGUGAAACCGGGUCUGAAUGUGAUGUACCUAAUAUCAUUUUUAUCAAAAGGCACAAGACAGGGACAUUCUGUAUGCAAUUAGACAGAAAUAUUUUAAAGAAAUGAAAUUUACAUAUAGUGAUUUAGAAAUGAAGAACAAAAUAAAGGAAACAAAAAUUAAUAAAGAAGCUUGUAGAAGCUAAGCAGGAUUGCAAUUUAAUCCCCCAACACUUUGAGAGCCUGAGGAUGACGAUUAUAUUAAGAAACGCUGUUGUAAAGCCCCUUUUCAGACGCUUCGAGUCGGCAAACCGUUUUGUCCUUCGCUCGGCCGUGAUGAAUGACGGCGAGAGAACGACGUGCCGAAUUAGAGAGAGAGAAGAAAAGGUGAGGCGAACAGAGCCGUAACUAGGCUGCGGCAAACACGAUCCUUUUUAAUUCCAAAUCUUUCCUGCCAAUGCUAUAUUUGCUUUGCACGUUUCCGGCGUAAGAGCAACAGCGUGCACGUUCAGCCACGCGGGAUGUCUUUGUCUUGUCCAAUGCUUAUAGCUACCGAUUCGAAAUUGACCUUUCACUGACAAUUUCGAGAAAUCAAUUUCAAGAACGAUGUUAAGUUCCUAACUAAACUAAAAUAGAAUAACAUAUAUGUCGCAUGAGAAAAAAGAACAAUCCAUGUCUUACAAAGGAGAAGAUAAUGACUUAAGACGACACGUAAAAAAAUACGCGGAGCGUAUAAAUUGAGGGCGAAUAAUAGGAAAAUUGGCAGAAAAAUUGUAUGUUAAAAUUACAUCUCACGGUUAAUUGUCAGUCUAAGUACCUUAAUGGAAUUUUAAUUUGAAAUUCAAAUGCAUACGAUGCUAAGAAUUCGAGAGAUAAUCGCAGCUAAUUAUACGUAAUUACAGACUGCUAGCAAUUACCUUAACAAUGUCCCCAGCAUCGAUUUUAAUAGACAUAAUUAGACGCGAAACAGGAUAAAAUUUAAGGCCACAUGGAAAAAUUCCAGCUCCUCUCGUACACACGGCAAGGGUGCUCGAGCAAGUUACGAGACAUAUUAAUUAUCGAGAUAACGUGUACGGAGGAAGCGUGUUCGAUGUAUCGCAACGUACUCCAAUUAUCUGCGAUAAAUAAACGUAGUAGCUCGUCGCAGGCGCUGUAAUUCCUAGCUACGACUCUGGUAUCAAUGAACGGCGAGCGCUCGCCGCUGCGGAAGGCCUCGCGGGAAGUCCCCCGAGGAGCGAUGAUAACCGCGGGGGCCGAUUGUGCUCGGUGAAGAACCCGUCGUCACGCGAGCCCACCGCCGCGCGAAUCGACUGUACGCAUUCGUUAUUACGCGACCACGACGCAGGGACCGGAGUCGUGACACGCUGCGCGCCUUAACGUAAAUAACUCGUUCUCUUAUCUCUGCGCGAACGCACUUUCUUCCUGGCGAUCGCCUCUGAAAGCAGAAUAUUACCCAGUAUUCCAGUGGCGAGGGACAGAGAAGUAAAAGGGUCUAUCGAGAAGAGGAGAACUCCACGAUAAAACUCGAUUACUUGUGCGACAAAUUAUCAUUAAAUAAUUGCGCCCGCCGGGUGGAGUAGUUUUCUCUAUCGACGAAGGGAGGCGAGAACUUGAGGUAUCAAUGACGAUCUCCCGCAUCGACGGGCAACCGGACUCGCGGAGGAAGGAACGGCAGAGUACGAGCAGUUCCAUGCGGCAUUGCAAGCGCUCUUCCGACGUGGGCGACGACGGUGUCAGGCGGUUCCACGGCGACGGGCUCGUCGUCGAGAUGCACUCGAAUCACCAUGCGCUGGAGAUCACGGGCGACGGCUGCCAAAUCGUCCUGUCCAACAACUCCGGCAGCGUCCACGUAAUCGGCGACGGCUGCAGGCUGCGCGUCAGCCACAACGUGGGCAACAUCGAGUACACCGGCGACGGCGGACAGGUCCUCCUCGGGCCGGGCUCCUCUAAAGGAAAGGUGAAAUUCGUGGGUGAAGGUGGUAGGGUGAUCUUCGACUCGGGUCCCGAGACAGACCCGAAGAGGCCCGCGAAGGAGCCAAGAGACGGGGAGACUUACGUGCGAAGCUUCAUCAGUCCAUGUAAGGAGACUAUCGGCAAGGUACCGGAAUGCGGAGGCGACCGCGGGACGUUGAGUCGGGAGGAUCUGGACAACGUCUUGAACGACGCGAGGGAGAAGAGCCGGGGGAAGUACGGGAAGCGCAACGAGGAAACACUGCGGAAAUCCUUUCGGCAUCCAACCGUUACGAAGAUCAUCACGAAGAUCCAAAGCGACGGUCAAUGCGUAACGAAACGCUUCGGCGAUUCCUCGUUGAUCGUCAAUUCCCGCGGUCGUCCCGCGGCGAGAAGUGUGCCGAGAACAACCUCGGCCACCAGUGUCGGGUGACGUAACCGGGAGUUUCUUCACGUCGCGCUGGCCACGUAGAAAAAUUAACGAUCGGCAUCAGCUGGCCGCACGUAAUUCCGUCGAAAGUUCCUCUUUCUCAAUCGCACAAACUGCCAGUCGUUUCUUAUUUUAAUCAGAAAUUUUGCCUGUCCGCAACGCACUCGGGACUGGUCGCAUCUCGAAAAGUCGACAGGGCCGAAAGUACAAACGGUAGUUACUUAGAUUUUGUUAUUAAUCCUACGGGUAUUAUUUAGUUCCUGUGAUAUUUUUUAUUUGUCGUUUUAGAAGAGCGUAUCUCUGAAUGCGUGGCGCAUUGUAAAACGUCGCUAUCCUAUAGAGACCACGUCGUUUUGUGAAAUAGAUCGUCCGAGAGAAUUAUUUUUCGUGUCGUUUUCUCUACGGGACGUUCAGGCUCCGUAACGAAAAGUAGGACUUGACGACUAUAUUUAACGCUAUGUGCUAAUACAUUAUUUAUGCUAAUACAAGACUAAUAUAGCGUACGACUAACAUAUUAAUCAUUGCGCGAAUACCACUUUUCGUUCCUACUUCUUCUAUUAAAUUACACACUCCUUGUAAACAGAUUUGUAAACAGAAAAUUAUUUAUGUAUUAAAUUAUGAGACUAUUAUUAAAUAUACCUUAUUGUUAAAACUGUUCAACUUUCAUUGUUACCCUGACUUUCUGAAAUCCGACGAAGUCCAGUCGACAUCUCGACAUAAUUCGCCGCGUUUAUUAACAACAAUAAUUAUUGUUAUACAACAUAUUAUUAAAACAUUAAUGAUGAUUAAAUAAUAAUAAUUAUCAUCAUAAAGCCGUUUGUGUGCUAAGUUAACGCCGCCCGCCUUGUAUUCUCGGUGUAUCGGACCGAGAUGAUCUCAAAGAUUCGACCAGAACAAGAAAUAAGAAUCGUAAUAAAUCGACUCACCUAGACAUUGACGCGUCCUAGCGUCCCGCGUAACGAAAUCAAUGUAGGAAAUAGCGACGAGAGGCUAAACAGAGAGUCGAUUUAUAUUUAGACACGAAUAAAGCUAGCAACGGCGUUUCUUAAGAGCACAGUGUGAUCGAUAGAUAGGAUAUCGGUCGUAAACUAUUCCUGGCGACCCAUACGAAGCUCGUAGCUGGAAAAUUUCUGCCCGUAGACACGGACGUGUGUAAAAUUACGACGCAUUCAGAUCGGUCGUGAAUGAAAGUUCCCACCACAAAUCGCAUCGUCUAUCCCUAAAACUGUUACAAAGCUUCGAACUGAUCGAUUCAACUUCGGUUGGCCAAAUGAAAGAAAAGACGCGAAACUUUUCGCCGAGAUCAAUUCUGACCGUCGUGCGAAAUCCGGGGAAUCGAGAGAUCCAGCACUUUGUUCGGCACCCCCGAAUGUAAACUGCAGCCCGAGACCAGACGCGUUGGAUUUCAGCGGUUACCGAGAUAUUUCAGUAAAUGGACGGCGGUCACACAUGGGGCGACUGCCGCGAGGAAGAUAAUUCUAUUUAUGAACGACAGUAAUCCUCGGCAUUCCCGAAUCCCGCGGCACGGAAAGAGAUUAUAGUCUCGCGAUUUGCGAGAACUUCUUUUUUCCUGCGAUUUACAAUAUUAUUUUAAUAUCCGCCCCUGUUAGAGCGCUCGUUCACAUCUCUGGACUUUCUCGCAAAUGUUUUUCGAACAAAAUAUCUUUUUUUUUUUAAGACUAACCAUUCUUCCAAGUAUACAAAUAUGAAGAGGACUCGAAAUUGAUUCGAGACGUCCGCCUGAUUUACCAGCACACAUCGAUGUAGCUACUUGAAUAUCGGAUUAAACACAGCACUCUAACUACUCGCGUUGCCCUUAUACUUUUGCGAUUGUUUCGCAUUUCAGAGAGUCACAGUUUGAUGUUCAUAUUUCGAUUCUGCACGUCCUAAUUACAUGCGGAGAGCUACAUUGCUCGUCGGCGGGUAAUAAAAGUACGGGGGAAUUAAGGAAACUCGGCGUGUACAGCUGUAGAAUGCAGGAAACGCGAAUGCGAGGAGAUAUUCUCGGCGUGUGCAAUGUUGCUGUUGUUCGCGUAGGAUGUCAAAGACAUCGUCAAAACAUCGCUCGUGAGAGCAAAGAGGCGCGAGAGACAUUCCGUUCCCCUCUUUCCCUCUCAGGAGCGACUCGAUUCGGAGAGCCACGAGAACCGAAGUCCCUGUUCCUCUCUCUUUCUCUCUUCCUCCGGGAUCCGUGCCAUGGGGGGAUAUAUUUAUCGCCCGUGUUCACUAAAAUCAUUCCGCGUGGCUCGCCUAUGCGAACGGGUCUUAUCCAGCGCAUUUGCAUGCGCCGCGCGCUCGCUUCUUCCAACAUUACUAUGUCAAACGUCCGUGCAAUGGACACGCUCGCUCUUUUCCUAGCGCGGCAAUUAAAUAGAUGUUAAUGAACGCGGUCUCUCCUGCGCUUAAAACCGCCCUACUUCAAUUCACCCGCGACGAGGAUAUAAAAAUAAAGCACGCGGGUGAAAAUUUUCGUAUGCAUAUACAUAUGCGCCAAAUGAAGAAAGUCGUUGGCUCGCAAGAUUAAAAUAGAGAGAGAGAGAGAAAAAAGGAGAAAAUCUCCAGGUUCCCCGCGAGUCCCAGUUUGUACUGUAAUCGCCGUAAUAAGAGAAAAAGACGCGAACAUGCUAAAUUGCGCUAAAUUACCGUAUACGUGUCGCGGGGGCCGUACCCGGCGGCGAGACUACGUGAAAGUUUAAGGCCACGCGUUAAUUGACCGAGCUAAUUAUAUCGCGCGAGAGAUCUUCGACACCGCGUAUAGACCCGCGCUAAUUAGCGAAUUAAUAGGCGAGCGGAAGCCCGCGAUCACAUCGCCGUAACAGCCAUAAAACGCCGGUCUCGCCCGCGCGGCGGCGGCUUUCCUCCGAGCGUGCCGCACGGAGUUUCCUUCGCACGGUCGCGAAAGUAAGAUACAAUUUCAUUCUAUGUCGGGACGCGUGCGGUUUUUUCCCCCCUUUUCCCUCCACUGCGAUUACUACAACGCGAGAGCUCGUGGCUCUCUCGUCGAGACGAGAUUCACGCGGAACCGUCCUUCGUUUGUCGUUAGGGCCAGUUUCACGAACGUUGGUUUUCUAUCUUAUUAUCUAAGAAGAGACAGAGAAUCAAUUAACCUGACGCCCGUAUCAGACUACGGACUAAGUAUUGAGAUUAGAUCGAAAUUAGAUCAAUUAGAGCAAAAGUCACUAAACUUUAGAUUUAGUAAACUUCACUCUGAUUGGCGAAAUUUUUAUCUAAUCUCAAUCCGUAGUCUGAUACGAGCUUGAGGUUAGCAGCUAACGUUUGUAAAACUGGCCCUUAGUCAAGUAGCCCUUUCUUCCCAUUUGCGACUCGCGAUCGCCUUUGCGAACGACUCGUACGUCAGAGAGUGAUAAAUAAGCUGGUAGCUUUCUAGCUAAAUUGCAUUCUCGCAGGAGCGCGAUGCGUUUGCGAGAUAACGAGAUCGAGCGCUAUUGUUCGGCGAUUAAUUCCCCGUAACGGGGCGGGAGAGGGGUGCGAUUAAAGACUGGCUGGGCGAACUUUCAGUAUUUUUCCUUUGCGUCUGUCGAGAUGUGCGAGGUGAUCACUUGAAGAUGUUCGAUCGCGCCGGUUGAGAUGAAUACCACAUCCUUUAUAUUCUCGUGUUAACGCAGACUGUAAGUUGGACGGUAGUAGGGGAGUAUCCAGAAUUUGCGAAGCCCGUUCUACGAUCGUUUUCAAAUUCCAUCUCGGACUUGUCCGCUUUCGCUCCUGAAAUUUUUACGCAGAUCAGAAGCGAGAAAUGAUAAGACAAUUCGCGACUAUUCGAGAUAUCGGUCCAAGUUUUUCUCGUAAAGCCAAUUCCACGGUGUCGUUUUCGAAUUCCAUCUCGUCUAUCGGACUUGUCCACUUUCGCUCCUCAAAUUUUUACGCAGAUCAGAAGCGAGAAGCGAUAAGACAAUCCGUGGCU